AUGAAGUUGAUUGUGUUCUGUUUGAUGGUCGCAUGUGUGUCGGCUUUAAGACUUCAUCCGCCCUUUCCCCACGGUCUAUGCGCAGACGAGCCUGUCGUGGUAAGUUUCUGAUCAAUCCGUAAUCAAGGUUUUCCAAAUGCUUAGAUCCGAUGCAAUGACCAAAUCGCGCUAGACAAGCUGCAUUUAUUGUCGGAGCAAGCUGGGUAUUCCGUCAACUUAGAAGCAGUCAAACGACGAACUGACCUCUUUGUCAACGACGUAAGCGAGGGACCAUCUUUGUAAAUGAGUUACAGCUCUCCUCUUAAUUUGUUUAUUCAGGUCAGAAGACUCGGAAAGAAAUAUGGCGUUCCCGUUGAGAACGACCUGAAAUGCAUACAACAAGUCAUCUGCCAGAUUGAAAUCAGUCCCGAAGGACUCCAAAAACUGAUUGACAAAAACUUUGUCUUGUUUUACCGGCUUUUCAAUGGGAAGGUCCCCGAUUCUGGAGAGUUCCAAGGUGUCCAAUUCCAAAUUAGAUUUUUGCAAUCUUUGAAACACUUGUUGGAGGAAUACGCUGGAAGAAAUGGAACACGAAGUGGACUUGUCCUAACUCCUCUUUAA